AUGCCUCGCACAAAGCGCUUGCACGCGCUGAAGCGGCCUAAACUCCGUCAAGAUUGGUCGAAAUGGAAUCUCUACAACCUCACACGCGUGACGACGCCCCCGGCCGCCAACAAGACCUUCUUCCAGCAGAAAUGGGCCGCAAAGAGCAUGCUGCGCUCAUAUCACAAUCCAGAUGUCCGGGAAGGCACAUGGACGCGCAUGUUUGAUCGAAGACUUCCGGCUGUUGUGCCCAUGGAUCAUCGAUAUCUGGCCAAGGAGGACGGCAGCGAGAUGUCCAAGGGAAGAGGAAUGGGUGUGGAGAAGAACCCACGUGCGGAUCUGGGACCAGAUGGGCGGAGGGGACGGGACCGCGGCGCUGGUGUGAAGAAGAUUGAAAAGACUCCUUACAUGCACAUGACGUUCCACCCGCUGGAAAGGCGAUUAGACACAUCCAUAUUCCGCGCCCUUUUUGCAAGCUCAACACGGCAAGCACGGCAAUUUGUCGUACAUGGAUUCGUCAGAGUCAAUGGAAAGAAGAUGAUCUACCCUGGAUACCAAUUAAAUCCAGGCGACAUGUUCUCGGUAGAUCCUGAUCGGGUUCUGUUUGGUACAGGAGCGCGGAAAAUGAAGAAGACGAGCAAUCGAUCUAUUUUGGAUGUGCAGAGGGCGUAUGAGAAGCGCCAGGCGCGUGAGGAAGGAAAGGCGGUCGAGCAGUCGCACGGGAAGUCACAAGACGACGAUUUCGCAAUGGAAGACGACUUGGACAGUGAUAUGGGUGCUCUGACAAUCGAGUCUCAUGCUGAGGAAACCACAGCAGAGGAACAACGGUCGAAGUACAGCAAGGAUCUCAAAGCGCUGGUGAAGCGUGCAAAGACCAUUCUUGGCGACUCCAAACGCGACUUAUCCGGCAAGCGAAAGGAAGAGCUACGAAGCUUCGCUCGACAAGUCAAGACCGUCUUCAACACUCUGAAGAAGACAGACGUCGCCGAGACCGAAUCUACCCUUGAGGGACUUGAGACCGCCCUGGCUGAGAUUCUCACCAAGGUCCCGCAAGACUCCCUCCCUUCAGAYGAGAAGCCUACUGCAGAAGUUGCAGAGGGGGCUUCAUCCAACCCACAAAUGCAGGAAGCAGCCAAGACGGACGCUUACCGCGCACGAAAAGACGCCGAACUCCUCCAUGCGGCGUUGGAGCGCGCUCGCGCAAACCCAGUAGAUGUCAGCAAACCCUAUGCUACACCGUGGGAGCCGCGAGAGUUCAUGAGUGCCUUUGCUUUCAUUCCAAGGUAUCUCGAAGUCAAUCAGAACAUCUGCUCGGCGGUGUACCUACGGCAUCCCGUCGCGAGGCCCGGGUUGGCCGAAGUUCCCACACCGUUCUCGGCAGAGACUAUGGCGUUGGGAUUCAACUGGUACUUGAGGAGAAGAUGA